AUGUCGCAUCCUAAUCUCUCUCACGUCUCUCCGUCCGCAUCGCCUUCUUCGCCCUCCGCCUCCACCGUCGCGAUCCGUCGUCGCUCUCGCUUUCAGGAAGGCUCCGAGAACACGGGAGACCCGUUUCUCACCACAGACACCUACUUGCGCAUCGUGCUGUCCGAAAUGGACGACUAUGAGCGGAAAAAGGGUCAAUCCGAUCAGCCCAAGUCCUUCAAACCCAUCACCAACAACGUUUCCGUCGAGUCUUUCUGCACCAAUGUGACGGAUCUGAGCGCCGCAGCGCGAGCCAGUCGAGCCAACUCACCCAUCAUGGGCCGACGUCAAGUGAGCUUCAGCUCCGUAGAAAACUCUGGGUCGGCUGGACACGCCUCAUCAUCGCGGGAACUACAGCAGGCCUGGCACGGUGUUGUCAAGGGACUCAAGCAAAGGUUUCGAUCCUUGACGACUGGAGGACGCGACAAGAAGUUCUUGCCGCCAUACCCCGAACCGCGCACCUGA